AUGAAAAAAAAAAGAGGUUUCUCAAUUGGGUUUCCCAUUCUCAAAGGAACCCUCUUGGUUCUUCUUCUACUACUCAUCUCUGCAUCAUGGUUCAAAAGAAACCAACUCACUAUCCUCCUCACAGGUGCCACCAAUUCAACCUCCGAGGUUGUUCAAGAUCCUUCUGAAAAAACAUUCUACGACGACCCAAAAUUAAGCUACUCCAUCGAAAAACCUAUAAAACAAUGGAACAAAAAACGAAGCGACUGGCUCAAACUCCAUCCUUCCUUCGCCGCUUCACGCGACCGGAUACUUAUCGUCACUGGCUCGCAACCAACGCCGUGCAAGAACAAGAUCGGCGACCAUUUGCUGCUAAGAUGUUUCAAAAACAAAGUUGAUUAUUGCAGGAUCCACAACUGCGAGGUUUACUAUAGCAACGUACUCUUGCACCCAAAGAUGAAUUCUUAUUGGUCCAAAAUUCCAAGUAUUCGAUCUGCUAUGAUGGCGCAUCCAGAAGUAGAGUGGAUCUGGUGGUUAGAUGCAGACGCAGUUGUCACUGACAUGGAGUUCAAGAUUCCGUUGGAGCGUUACAAGGAUCAUAAUCUUGUUGUUCAUGGUUGGUCCAACAUGGUGUACGAUGAAAGUGAGAAUAAAAGCUGGACUGGGCUUAACGCUGGUUCGGUUCUGAUUCGUAACUGUCAAUGGUCUAUGGAUUUGUUACAUGUAUGGGCACAAAUGGGUCCGUUAACAUCAAACUAUGAAACAUGGGGGAGAAUCUUAACUUCAAUAUUUAAAGAUAAACUGUUUCCGGUAUCCGACGAUCAAUCUUCUUUGAUUUAUUUGCUUUCUAGGCAAAGGAGAAAAUGGGGUGGGAAAACAUAUUUAGAGGAAGGGUAUGAUUUGGAGGGUUAUUGGAUUGCUUCGUUAGGGAAGUUUGAGAGGUUGAAGAAUGAGUAUGAUGAGAUGGAAGAUGAGGCUAGGGUUUUGAGGAGAAGGCACUCCGAGAAAUUGAGUGUUUGGUAUGGUGAAAUGAGAGAGAGGUAUUUGGGAGGGAAAGAAAAGAGGCCUUUUGUGGCACAUUUUACAGGGUGUCAGCCAUGUAGUGGGGAUCAUAAUCCUAGCUAUAAAGGGGAUGUUUGUUGGAAAGAGAUGGAGAGGGCUUUGAACUUUGGUGAUGAUCAAGUUCUUAGGAAUUAUGGGUUUGUGAGGAAGGAUCUUAUGAAGUCUUCUGUGUAUGAAGUUCCAUUUGGAUACCCUAGGGUUGAGGAGUAG